AUAAAUUGGAUGGUGUUAAAGAAUGUCAAUGAAAUCACUGGUAAAUAUAUAUGUUGGCAUCAAUGGAAUGUAAUAAUUAAAAUGAUGGGAUCUGAGGUUUUUUCUCACAAUGAUUACCAGCCUCUCUCCUCCUCCCCCCCAUUCAUUUCUAACCUCUCCUAAAACCUUCUCUUAAUCUGCAGCAUCCUCCAAUGGCGACCUCCCCUCCUCCAUUGUAAAAAGCUAAAAUUAACAGGGCAGGAUGGCCUUCUGGAACUCCUCUUCUUUUGUUCCACUCCUUAUUGGCCUCCUGUCUCUCUUCCUCAUCACCUCCCAACCUCUCCCCGCCGCCGAUGCCGCCAAUAUCCGCCUCGCCAUCCGCAAGCCCGCGGCCCCCAACAGCCUCCCCCUUUUCAAUGAGGCCCCGGCCUUCCGCAACGGUGAGGCGUGCGGGUCUGGCGACCUCAUCCAUGUCGUCAUGACCCUCGACACCAACUACAUUAGAGGUACCAUGGCCGCCGUGCUCUCCAUCCUCCAGCACUCUACCUGCCCGGAGAACGUGGCGUUCCACUUCCUCUGGCUCAGGCACGAGCCGGAGGUGUUCUCGAGCAUUCGGUCCACGUUCCCGUACCUCAACUUCAAGGUUUAUCGUUUCGACGCGAGUAGGGUCCGCGGAUUGAUCUCCAAGUCCAUUCGACAGGCGUUGGACCAGCCGCUGAACUAUGCCAGGGCGUACCUGGCGGAAAUUCUGCCGGCCGAGGUCAGGCGGGUGAUUUACCUCGACUCUGACCUUGUGCUCGUGGACGACAUCAUGAAGCUAUGGAAGGUGGAGUUGGGCGGCAGAGUUCUGGCGGCGCCAGAGUACUGCCACGCCAACUUCACCGCCUACUUCACGGACGCGUUCUGGGCGGACCCGGAGCUGACCAGGACGUUCGAAGGGCGGAAGCCGUGCUAUUUCAACACGGGGGUGAUGGUGAUGGACGUCGAGCAAUGGAGGCGCGGAGGGUACACGAAGAAGGUGGAAGACUGGAUGAUGGUGCAAAAGCAGAAAAAGAGGAUCUACCACUUGGGGUCAUUGCCGCCGUUCCUGCUCGUGCUGGCGGGGAAGAUAACGCCGGUGGACCACAGGUGGAACCAGCACGGGUUGGGCGGCGACAACCUCGAAGGGAAAUGCAGGAGCCUGCACCCUGGGCCCAUUAGCCUGCUCCAUUGGAGUGGCAAGGGGAAGCCAUGGCUGAGGUUGGAUUCAAGAAAGCCUUGCAUUGUUGACCAUUUGUGGGCUCCUUAUGAUCUUUACCACACAUCCAAAAAUACUUUCGUCGAAUGAUUCUUUUUACUUUGUUUGUUUGUUUGUUUUCCAUCUUGUUGAAACUUAUUAGGGAAGAAGAUAGGUGUGUUCAAACUAGGAGACAAUUCAAAAAGAAUUUUUUUUUUCAAAGGAAAGAAAAUGUCCAAAACCCAGAUGCAUGCCCCAAAUGCUCCCUCUUCUUCACCGUCCUUAAUUUAUUUCUUGACUUCAUCAUUCCUAUCAAAUGUUUAUCCUUAACCAUUGUAGUAAUUAACUUCAACUCGAUUGCAAUUAAGCCUGCUUCAAUCCAAGGAAUCAAUCAAAGAAAGAUAUAAUCCGUAUUAAAGCUCUUUGUUAUUA